AUGUCGCAAUCACGUUUCGCGCCUUUCACACCGAAUGAUUUCACCUACAAAACAGUGUCGCAGACACCUUUGCAGGCAACUGUUCUUGUACCAAAAAGGAUUAUAGAAGGUGGAAAAUCGGCAAAGAAAUGUCCGGUAUUAGUACAUUUCCACGGUGGAGCAUUGGUUGUUGGAGAUCGGAUGUUCGAGGAUUGGUUUGCUAUUUGGCUGUUACGCUUUGCCGAGGAACAAGGUGCGAUUAUCGUAACUCCGGAUUAUAGACUCAUGCCCGAAGCGAACGGGUCAGAGAUUCUAGACGAUGUCGAGGAUUUCUGGAAAUGGGUUCAUGGUGGGUUAGCCGGAUGUGUAAAGGGAUUGGAUUUGGGUGUUGAGGUUGAUUUGGGGAGGAUUGCUGUUUGUGGUGAAAGUGCUGGUGGUUAUCUAUCUAUCCUAUCCGCAAUGCUAUUCCCGUUUGCGAAGAUGAGAGUAGUGAUAUGCCAAUAUGGCGCUGUGGACUACGCACAUUCUGUUUCCGUGAAGCAUCUCGAACGGAAAGCUCCGAUGGAAGAAAAAACAGUUGAUGAAUAUAUUGCUAGUCUCAAGCCUGGGGCAGUGAGAGUGUCUGAUCCGUUUCCUGGGAGCGCGCCGUUGAUGAUGGGUGUCCUUCGGGAAGGGAAAAAGUUGGAGCUGUUGGGGAAGGAUGAGAGGUUGUUUAUCACUAAGGUUUUGGAGAAGGCGGGAAGCGUACAAGUGCCUCCGAUUUGGUUUGUGCAUGGAAGGGAAGAUGAUAUGGUCCUGCUCGAGAAUACUGUGGACUUUCAUAAGAGGUUGAGGGAAUUGUAUCCUGAUACGCCUGCUUUGUUGUCGAUUAAGGAUGGGGGUCAUGGGUUUGAUGUCGACAUGACUGGGGAGGAGGAAUGGAUUAGAGAAGGUUGUGAAUUUGUUAGGAAAUUCUGGUGA